AUGCCGACGACACCCCCACCAGAGCAAGAGCAACCAGCAACUCAACCGACAGCACAGCCAGCGCAGACAGCGCAGCCAGCAGCAUCAUCAUCGGAGCAGGAGCUCAGAGCGACAAAGGCACAGUCGAGGACUAUCUCAAACCUUCAGAAAGAGCGGCUCAGGAUGGACAAAGCAGAGGCGGCGAUUUUCACCAGACCUGGAGGCGGAGUCUUCAGAGGCACUCUACCCGACCCUGGACUGAGCAGCGCGGUACCAGCACUGGACCUCGACGAUGCUGACGACGAACUUGCAGCUUUACAGCUGAUGGUCACCAGUCAGGAUUUGCCAUUCGGCUGGGAGUUCGACGGGGCGGAGGCGAAGCUCAGCGACAUAUUGGUGGACAUCAGCACGAGGAACAUGACGCCCCACGAGCGCGCGGCGUUCAUGCAGAGCAAGCGGAAGGAGCUGGCGGAGUUCUUCGGCAAUGACGUCUGGGAGUUUCACAAGCCCACCGGGGAGGAGGACCCUCGGCGGAUACUCAAGGCGAAGUGGGUGCUCAAGUGGACAAAGAACGACGACGGCACACUACGUGCCAAGGCGCGGCUGGCACUGCAAGGUUUCAACGUCCCCGACGCACUCAGUGGCGCAGUACCGACGGCAUCGCCUACAGCAUCGAGACUGGCAAGACAGAUGGCACUACAACUGGCGGCGAACAACGGCUGGAGACUGUGGAGAGCAGACGUAGCUACUGCAUUUCUUCAGGGACGACCCCAAGAGCGUGAGUUAUAUGCAAAGGUGCCCAAAGAUGCGGCAGAGCUCAUGGGCAUCGAGCCGAAUACUCUUAUGAAAUUCAUUAAGCCAAUGUACGGUCAGGUAAAACGAAAGUUCAAGUUCAGGAAAUGGAUCGAAGACGACAAGAUGGACUACUGCGGCAGCGACUUGUCGCAGACCCCGCACUGGGAGAACCCGAAGUCGAACAGCAGCGAGACUGAGGUGAAGAUGGCGACCUACGCGAAGAACUUAAAGCCCAUCACGAUCGACCAGAAGAGCAGCGACAACACGAGGGAGCUCACUAUCAAGGAGAAGCGGCAGCUACGAGGGCAACUGCCCGCGGCAACGGCGGGCGCGGCCAAGGAGGCGAACAAGACACUGCGGUUCUACAAGCAGAACCCGGACGUCGGGCUCAAGAUGAAGAAGGUCGGCCAGGCAGCAGCAGCGGGCAUGGGUGGCUUGGAGUUUGCGAAGCGAUGCUGGGCAGCCCUGAUCUACGACGGCGUGGACAUCACGAAGGAUGAAAGCACCCGCAUGGCGGGUGAGUCAGCAUUAGUUGUGGACGCGAAGGCGCUCUACGACGCGGCCCAGAAGGAGAGCGUCGCUAGCUUCCAGGGCAAGCGGGCCGGCAUCGAGGCGCUAGCGCUGCGUGAAAGGAUGGAGGCUACAAUCACACGCUGGAGGCGGGUAUCUUCAGAGAGACAAUACGCGGACGGGCUCGCGAAGAUCGCGGCGAGACAGCUCCUCGCCGACCGUCUGCGAUAUGGCAGGCUACAGCUCAAGCGUGACCCGAACUACACGGCGGCGAAGAAGAAGACCAAGGAAGAGCGACAGGAGAGCAUUGAUCAUACCAGGCCGGUGACAUCGGCGGCUACGCGGAAGGCAACGACACCGUUCAUACAGUUGGCGGUGUUCGCAACUGGUUGUUGCAGAUCAGCGGCUCGCUCGGGCUACGACACGAAGAACGAGAACGACGGCUAUGGUAUUGUGAUUUGGUUUGCCAU